AUGGCGCAGUACAUCCCUCAGAUCUCUGAAGAAUCCCUUCGAGAGAAGGUGGUUCUCAUUACCGGAGGUGCCAACGGAAUCGGCGCAAGUCUUGUACAGCAUUGCCUGGAGAGCGGUGCCAAUGUGUGCUUCGGUGAUCUAGACAACAUUGCUGGUGAAGGUUUGCUGCGAAAGUGCCAGCAAAGGUUCCAACCGGAGGAGACUGGCCAGCCUGCUCGGGCCAUUUUCUUGACGACCGAUGUGACCGACUAUCAGUCGGUCCUCGCACUCUUCGACCUGGCAUUCAACACCUACAAGCGCAUCGACCACGUCGUCUCCGCCGCCGGCAUCGUAGAGAUCGGCAACUGGUUCGACUUCGGACUCACCCUGGAGAGCAUUCGCGAGACGCCUACACACAAGGUACUGGAUGUCAAUCUACUCGGCUCCAUGUACGUGUCGCGCAUCGCCUCCGUGUAUCUGCGCCACAAUCGCGGCCCAAGGUCCGACCGUUCGAUUCUCCUGUUCUCGUGCUCGGCCGGGUUCAAGGAGAGCCCAUCCCUGUUUGUCUAUCAGGCCUCGAAGCACGGCGUCAUCGGCCUUAUGCGUUCCCUGCGCAACUACAUUUCCUCGCCCUACAAGCACGCCCUGCGCAUCAAUACCGUUUGUCCUUGGAUGACGCAAACUGAAAGCAUCAAAAAUGUUGAACAGCACUGGAAGAAUGCCUGUCUACCGGCCAACACCGUCCGUGAAGUUUCCACCGUGGCGGCCAGUAUCCUGGCCGAUAAGUCCCUGAACGGCACAUCGAUGUUUGUCGAGGGCGGCCGCGCGUGGGAAAUCGAGGAGAAUAUCGACAAACUGGAAUCUCAGUGGCUCGGCGAAGGACCUUCCAAAACCCUUGCGGCAGGACAAGAGUUACUCGGCGACGGUGCCAUUUGGACCGCUCAGCCCCGAAAGAGGACCAGCAUCUCGAACGGCAUCCCGCCCGGAGUUCCCCUUGCUAAGAUCAACGGGAUUCACAACGAUGCGGAUCACGGUCUGACUAAUGGUCACAGCAACGGGAUUGCCAACGGGGUGCAUUAG